AUGACUACCUCUGAUUAUGCCAAAAUUUUCUCUACCAUUGCCGAGGAAAGCGAUAAUUAUACAUUGACUGGUACCAGUAAUAGUAUUGUAGCUGCCCGGGUGUCGUAUGUGUUCAAUUGGACCGGUCCAUCAAUGAUGAUAGACACCGCCUGUUCAUCAUCUCUGGUUGCUGUCCAUCUAGCUUGUCAAGCUUUACGAUCAGGAGAAUGUGAUAUGGCUAUAGCAGGUGGGGUCAACUCACUGAUGACACCAGAUAUAUUUAUACAACUAAGUAAAGCUGGUAUGAUAUCGCCUACGGGAAAAUGUCAGGCUUUCUCUGAAAAUGCUGAUGGAUACGCCAGGGGUGAAGGGUGUGGCAUUAUUAUCUUAAAACCACUAGAACAGGCUUUGAAAGAUAAUGAUCCUAUCUGGGGGACUAUUGUUACAGCUGUCAACCAUGAUGGCCAAACAGUCACACCAAUCACAGCACCAUCUCCCCAGCAACAAGAAUCACUACUCGACAUAGUGUUUGACAGAUAUAGAAUUAAUCCAGAAUCAGUAGACUAUAUCGAAGCACACGGGACCGGAACCAAAGCAGGUGAUCCAGUAGAAGUAACAGCUCUUGGUAAAUUCUUUCAGAAAGAUACAAAUUCCAAACAGAGACUAAUAGGAUCUGUAAAAACUAACAUUGGACAUCUAGAAUCGGGUGCUGGUGUAGCUGGUCUAAUUAAAGUUUUACUGAUGCAUAAACAUCGGGAAAUCGUCCCAUCCCUUCAUUUUGAUAAACCCAGAUUAUAG